GUAAUAGUCUCUCCCAAACACCUAAUGAUAAUUUUUGAUUAAUGAGAUUAUUACAAAUCACUUCCAAAGGUCCCUUGGAAUUCAAAAUCAUUUCUUCAAUUUUAUAGAUUUUACGAGAAGGUUAAUAGGAUGGAAGUUGGUGGAUAAGCAGUCGUCGAGAAUACGUGGCGGUCUUACGCAUACACAAUCUUCGUCUUCCUCGCGAGCGAAGGGGAAUCGACAUGGCGAAGUUUUCGGUUGAUGGAGAAGAGGAUGCCGGCGAUGGACCCAGUAGCCCCAGGGGGAAGAGGAAGAGAUCCUCUUUUCGAAUCAACGCCACUGUUGAUUUUCCCCGCCGUAGCGAACAGCGGGAACAAGGAGAAGAACAGGGUUUCAAUUCCGACAAGGAAGAAAGUGAGAAUGAUGAAGAUCAGAGCAAGCGUCACCGAAAUGAUGAAAUAGAGGAACAUCUUCGAGAAGACGGUGGUAAGAGAGCACUUUGGUCGGGUAAGUCGUGUACUAAAAAUGCGAAGCCAAAUGGUUCCGUUUCGAUGUUCUUGAUUGACCCAGAAGUGUUGGAUUGCUCUAUUUGCUGCGAACCUUUGAGCAUCCCCAUCUUCCAGUGUGAGAAUGGACAUAUUGCAUGCUCUUCCUGCUGCAACAAACUUAAGAAUAAAUGUGCAACCUGCUCGUGGCCUAUUGGCUAUAAUCGUUGUCGAGCAGUUGAGAAGGUUCUUGAAUCCAUUAAAUUACCCUGCAAACAAUCAAAAUUUGGAUGCAAGGAGAUCAUUGGUUAUGGCAACGAAAGUGACCACGAAAAGACAUGCCUAUAUGCCCCUUGUUUAUGCCCCUAUUCGGAUUGCAAAUUUAUAGCCUCAGCUAAGCAGUUAUCAUUACACUUUAGCAAUAAACAUACAAACUCUGCUACCAACUUCCAUUUCAGUUCUAGCUUUACCAUUUGCUUAAAAACUAACGAUACUUACCACGUCCUUCAAGAACAAGAUGGUGUUCUUUUUAUUCUCAGCAAUAGUUCCGAAAAUCUGGGAAGUGUUGUUAAAAUUUGUUGCCUUCAACCUCCUUCUUUGAAGGAAACAUUUUCUUAUGAUCUCCGUGCAGAAACUCAAGACCUCUCCCUCGUUUUACAAUCUUCCAUGAAGAACAUUCAAUCGUCGUCAGAUUGUUGUCACUCGACAAGGUUUCUUAUGAUUCCACGUGAUUUAUUCAGUUCUUCUGGCAUGAUCAAGUUGAAUAUUUGUAUAUGGCAAAAUGGUUCAUCUCCGGUGCACCAUAGAUGAGUCAACAAGUAUGUAUAUAUUAUCCUUUCUGUAUGAAUUUGUAUGCAACUUUGUAUGUAUAUAUCAUGUGAAAUGAGAUCCAUAAUUAUGCUGCCUAA